AUGGCGCAGGUACCAGUCCAGACGAUCCAUCGGGAUCCCCAGUUAUUCUACUGGAUCCUGUUCCCUAUCACCAUUGUCAUGAUUCUGACCGGCGUGCUCCGACACUACGCAACCGUUCUCAUGGCAUCAGCCCCAAAGAAGCAGGACCAAAAGACAACACGCGAGCAGCGGGCCCUGAUCCACGGCAUCAACGUGCGCGGCAACUUCCACGUGUUAUCGCGCCCUUCGUUUGAGACGCGCCGCGAUGCCCUGACCACGGCCUACGAGUCCGGCGCGUACCUCAAGGACCCCGAGAACCGCGGCCAGCCGCCACCGAACCCGAUGAGCGACCCGAGCGCGAUGGAGGGCAUGAUGGGCAUGAUGAAGAACCAGAUGGCUAUGAUUGUGCCGAAUACCUUGAUCAUGAGCUGGAUUAAUGCUUUUUUUAGUGGUUAUGUUAUUAUGAAACUGCCGUUCCCGCUCACCAUCAAGUUCAAGAGCAUGCUCCAGGCUGGCGUGGCUACUAGGGACAUGGACCCGCGGUGGAUGUCUAGCAUCAGCUGGUACUUUUUGUGCAUCUUUGGUCUGCAGGCCGUGUUCAACUUUUUGCUUGGCAGUGAGAAUGCUGCCAACCAAAUGGCCCAGCAGAUGAACCAGAUGGGUCCCCAGGGAGGCGCCAACAUGUUUGGCCCUGGCGUCGAUCCCAACAAGCAGUUCCUGGCCGAGGCCGAGAAUCUGGCUGUCAUUGAGCACUAUUCCGUUCUAGAUGGUGUAGAACAGCGCCUGUUGGAAGGUAUUAAGGCGUAG